AUGGCUAAACCCUUUAUUGUAGAUGGUACAGAUUGUACUUGGCAUUCUCCAAAUAAGAGAUCAGACUAUUAUUAUAUGACACUUAGAAUGUUAUCUAGGUCAGGUAAAAUAAUGAAUGCACUCAGUUCCACUCAUGGUUCCUUCCGUCGGGACACUGUAGGAAUAAGAAAAUCAUUGAACUUCGACUCGAGUCCAAGUCCAAAAGAGAACAGCAGUAAUGAUGAUAAUUCUACUAGUUCAAUCAACACUAAUACAUCAUCAUCUAUAUUAAAUUUAAGUUCAGUUGAAUCUAUUGACAGUAACGCCCCAAUGACAUCCGUGGAGUCCAUCGAUGAAAAUCAGAAUCAAACGCCUCAACAAAAUCGGAAAUCGAGCUAUAGAAUUGAUAUAAAAAAUAAUACAUGCAUACAAUCAAGAACAUUACAUUUAAUGUCAUUGGUCAAGGAACAAUGGGAAGCAACGAACAAAAAUACUAAUUGUGGAUCUUUACGUCCCUCUUGCUCAUUCAAUCUAUUUACUGGAUCAAAAGGACCCCAUCAUAUUGUAACUGCGAGUACACCCAGGAAUCUAUCUCAGGAAUUUAAUCAAGCACUAGACGAUAGGCCACAUACACCUGAAAAUAUAAUAAAUGUAAUUCCAGAAAGUAUAAGCUCUAUUAAGAAGAGUCACAAGAAGGAAAAAUUAUAUUCUCAUGAGGUACAAUCGUCUACUCAGCAGAUGGAUACUUCUGUAAAAACCAGUAAUUUACAUUCAAGAACAACUAUGGAAUCACCGGAAAUAGAUAUGAUUGCUACAAGUAGUUGCUAUGUCGCUUCGAAAAAUGAAUCUCAGAAGAAAAAUAGAAGUACUAAGAGAACACUUAUUUAUGAUGAUGAACGUUGCACUGAAUCAGAUUUUAAUCAUAGUGUACAGCAGAAAACCACAUCGACAAGAAAUGCUUUGUUGGAAAGUGGAUUGGAUCAUAUAGAAAGUGAUAUGCUACAGCAAGGUAUUAAUUCCAUCGAUGGGGAUUGUGAAGAAGAUAAUGUUUGCAAUGAAGAAGUAAGUCAGUCGUUGCAAAACGAAUCGUCAGGUAUUUGUAAUAUUAAUGUGAUCAGUGAGAAUAGAAUGGUAUCUCCAGAAUCUAGUUCAAGUAUUUCUCAAAAUGCUAAUCGUGUAGUUACACCUGAAAACAACUUAAAUAUAUUAAAGCAAGUAUUGACAGAAUCGAUUAAGAAAUCGCACAAAAAGAUAAAACAUGAAAAUAGGAAAAUGUUAUUUAAAACCCCCAGUAAGGAUCUCUAUAAAAAAAUAGGAUUAACAAAAUCUGAUAUAUCACUCGAAGGUGUUUAUAAUAUUGAUGAAAAUAUUGAAAGUCAGGCAUCUGAUGCAAUUCAUACCUCAGGUCCACAGAAUUCCGAAUUUGAUCGACCGAGCACACCCGAAAAUGUAAAUUCAAGUAGACUUUUGUUGCUUGAUUUUAAUUCAGUUAAAAAAUCACAUAAGAAAGACAAAUGUAGCAAAAAAGCUUCUAGUUUUGUUGAAUGCCAUGAUUACAAAUAUUACAAGAAAAACAGUGAUUCAUUACAAAGUAAAUAUGAAGAAAAAAUUUAUACAACCUUACAUAAGACUAAACCUCUUGAAUUAGAAGAAUCUCCUGGCGUACCACCUAAAAAGAAAUUAGUAAAUACAUUUUUGCAAAGUAGUACACCCAAAUUACCAAGUGACUCGAAGUCUUCAGAAUGUAAAGAUAUAAACGACGAAUUUCAGAUUUUUACUCCCAUUAAAAAACGGCGAAUUCCGAUCGAUGUUAUAAAUUAUGUUUGUGCGGUCGAUUAUGGUUAUGCGUCACAAGAAGCAGAUGAACCUGUACAAACAACAGCGAAGGAAAUUGAUUGUUCCAGAUGCGUGACGCCAGUAGCAUGUUUUAAAUUGAAAGAACAUGAAGAUCUUGCAUCGGGACGCGAUAACGCUAAAAGAUCUGAGACUGAUAAAAGCGUUUUGAAAGUAGCAGAUACUGCAAAUCUAAAAGACAAGAAUGGUAGAUCAACUCCGACAAAUAUGUCGACGACGGAGUUAUUUUGCAAUGUAGACUCGAUUAAAAAAUCACAUAAGAAAGACAAGCAUAACCGUAGCAACAGGCUAAUUUUAAAGAAAAAACAACUGUGUAUCGAAAAGAGUGAGCAUGUUAAUUUUGAAAAUAAUGAUAAGAUGUUGGAAAAACCUACUAGUUGGUCUUUAAAGUAUCAUUUCGACAAAAAUUGUACCGAAAAAGAGAUGCGUGAAAAGGAGAAGAACAAAAGUUAUGAAGAGAUUGCUUAUGAUGAUCCCGAUAAUCCUCAACCAUCUACAAGUCGAGGAGCAGUUAAUAUGAAAGAUGUAAAAAAUAUCACAAAAUCCAAGUUUCUGGAUACAACGCCUCCAAAUAGCUUAAGCGCAAUAAAUUUAAUGAAAUUAGUGCAAACGACGUCUAUUAAAAAGUCUCAUAAAAAGGUACGUGACAUUAAUGCACAAACUAAGUAUAUUUUGAUGAACCAGGAACAUGAAUUAUCUGACGAUGGAUCGAUAUUCGACGAAGAGGAAAGAUUGAAUUUUCAAAAUGACAGUAUCACCCAAGAUGAUAUGUAAUAGAUAGAUUAAAAUAAAAGUCUAGAUGUUUUCGCGAUGAGAAAACAAACAUAGUGCACAAGAUGCCUUAGUAACAGAUGUAAUAUUUAACAAUGACUUUUCCUGAUGGAGAGACAAU